AUGUCUCUCAACCUAGGUGCGACGAGAUCUUCAAAGUUGGCAAGUGCUGCCAGAAAAGGGAAGUAUGCGCCCCCGGCGGAUCUCCGGUUUCUCAAAAAGCCCUUCGUUGGAAACACGGCUGAGAAGACGGCUGUCCGAUCUGAGAUUCUUUCCUUCUUGCAAGGUCUAUAUGAGUCUGUAGCCGAGACCUUGCCAGAUAUCAGGGAUGACACUGAACCGGAUGAUGCCAGUGUGCAGGUUUUCCUGCACGCAGAGAGCGCAGAGCAGCCGAAUCAUGAGCUGGAAUCCCAGGUGAAGCCUCUGAGCAAGCAGAGCAAGCCUAGAAAGAAAAAGAAAUCGGUGGUCAUUCAACGCUCACACCAGGAGAUCAGGUACCUUCCCCCAGGCACGCUGAAGGAAUAUUGGCAUCAGCUGAACAUGAUGCGAGAGCCGCCUCUGAAGAAGAUUGCCUUCAGCUACUUUUGGAGAGUUUGGUAUGAGGAGUUCUCGCACAUGAAGUUCCGCCGCCAAUCCAAUCAUUCGGUGUGCAAUGUGUGUCUGAGACACAAGAUGCUUUUGCAGGAACUAUCUGGCCAUCUGAAUGCGAGAAAGGGCCAAUUGGAGAAGUACACGGACCACUUGAAGAGCCAAUACGAAGAUCGCUUGGCAUAUUGGGCUCUGAGAGGAGAGAGCCGUCUUCGCGGGAAGCAGCAAGUGACAUUGAUAAUCGAUUCAAUGGACCAGGCGAAAUUCUCCCUGCCUCGCGGCUCAUUCAUGAAGAGCAAAGACCUGUCAACAAUGAAUCGCCCACGAUGUCAUUUGACAGCUAUACUCAUUCAUGGCUAUGCGACGCUGGUAUAUCUGAGUGACCACGACCAGCCGAAGAACUCCUCCACUAUGAUAGAGCUCACUUCGCACGCCUUGACCAUUCUGGAGAAGGAAUGCAGACUUGAUUUGGCGAAGGUCCGCCUGAAUAUUCAGGCGGACAACACAGUCCGAGAGAUGAAAAACAACCCAUAUCUCAAGUGGAUGUCCAGUUUGGUGUCCUCAGGAAGAUUGAUGGAAUGCUCGCUCCGUAACCUACGGAGCGGGCAUAGCCACGAGGACGUCGAUCAGUUCUUCGGCUCCCUCGCGACUUACAUGGUCAAGCAUGCUCGCCAUUGCGAGACUGCCGGGGACGUGCUGCAGGUUGUCCAGGCGUUUUUGGAUCAGGUGCCACGACCGUAUGAGCCAUUGAGGCGAGCCUUCAAGGUAGAUGCUGUUCGGGAUUGGUGUCUCGCCCAACGUCAUGCUAUUAUGUUGCCUUCGUGCCUUGUGUCUUCUGUGCUGUUCUGA